CUGUCCCUCACCCAACCAGCUGUUCAAUUUUUGCGAUGCAUGUCUGAGGUUGGGGUUUGGCCGCGGAGCGCCUGCACCGCCCCCUGACUCCAAGCGCCAUCCGAAGCGCAUAAAGAGGGAUGAACUUCCCUCUGGGGCGCUCACCUCGAAGGUCAAGCGGGAUAUAGAUGCUGCACAGAGAGCUGAGGUCCUUGCGCAGCCCUCGCAGGAAGCGUUUGCGGAACUUGGUACAAGCAAUGAUGAUUUGGACGUUGAGUUGAUGUAUCCUGAGGAUGAGGAACUUGCAGCCUGUUCUGCCGACCCGAUAGCUAAACCUGUUGAUGAUGCUAUCCCACCUCCAGAUGCUGUCUUGGAACGUGGGUCUUCGCAGCUUUCGCCAGCCCUCAGCACUACCGCCCAUGCUCCAAGCCCUGAGCUAGUCCAACGCACAUGUGAAACGCCUGGGUGCGGAGGAACUGUAUCCUCGUCAGCUACAUGGCAAAGGUGCUAUAAAUGCAGCUUGCAGCGCUGGAAAGAGCGCCAGAAGGCUGCCAUUGCUGCAAGUGCCACUGUGGAGCCUACUUCGCCGGUAGGCGGUACACAUGAGGUUGCCUCGAAUUCCGCUGAGGCCAUGGGUGGUGUUGGGCCUCUGUCACACGAUACACUAGAGGCAACCGUAGUGGAUCGAGUUGCAACGAGCAUAGAGCCAGGAGUAUCAGCUUCACACUCACAGGGAGCAGUCCUUGAUGCUGUUGACAAACUACCUUUACCGGAGCUUCCCGAUGGACAAGUCGUCAUCAACUCCGCGGCAGCCGCGAGUACUUCCAAUACACUCGAUACUGAGUGUGGCGGAGACCCUCGCGCGGAACCUGAAAUCACUAAGGUUCACAUCUCCGGAUGGGACAGCGACUUGACGGACCUCUCCUCGGAAGACGAAGAGGUCGAUUCGGACUCCGAUGUCGAAGACUCUUCCAAGAUCAAGAUUCGCAUCCCUUUGCUCGCGUCUCGACUUCCUAGCGGCGCCAGUGCGCGCGUGUGCGCCAUCAAGCGCUGUAACAUCGUAUUGCCUCCGGAUUGCCGUUGGAAGAUCUGUGAUUCCUGCCGGAGAUACCAACGGGUGUACCAGAGGAUUCGUAUGGAGAAAGCACGCCGUCGUAUGAAGGAAUUCUCUCGGAUAAGUACUCGUGGGUCUGCUCUAGUUCAUAAUGAUCCUGCACCGUUUCUGGAGGUACAAACCGACGAGGUGGCCUCAGUGGAAGACUCGCGCAUCUGCGCUGUUUCUCGCUGUCACACAAUGCUACCGCCUGCGACCAAAUACCAGUGGAAAUGCUGUGGAGCUUGCCGCAUGCGUGCUCGUGACGACGCAAGAGAAAGGCGGUCGUCUGUUGGAGGAAUCCUGGACUUGGAAGACCCGGUGGAGCAGACCUCACCAUCGGACAUCUCGCCCUUUCCUGCUUUUCAAAAUCGCAGCGUGCUGCUGUCGGAGUUUAGCGCGAUGCUGAAGCGGUUCUUGGAAGCGCAGAUCUUGUACUUGCGCAUGAAGAUUCAGACAGCAGGCGAGAAAGCGCCGCUGAGGCUUGAUCCUGUGCUGUUUGCGUUUGAUGGUGAAUAUUCGACGGUGACCGGCCAGCGGAGACACCAGGACAACGUCCAAGGCAAGUCUGGUCCUGAGCACGGUCAGGAGGAGGAGAUGCAAAAGGAAGCUGUCUUAGCUGUCAAGGAGCUUGAUAGUGCACUCGUCACUCAAUUUAAGCCAACGGAAGGUUUUAAAAUCAAGUCUGGAGGAGUCAUCAUGCGAUAUAAAUGUGCCCUAGAGUUGAUUGUCCCCCUCCGUGCUUUACCCAAGAUAACGGAAUCGAAGGACACCGACCCUUCUAGGCCAUCACAAAGUGAUACCUCGUCCCCACAUGUCCCAUACAUAAAACCAGCGUUUGGGGAGCUAGAGGUCGCGGUUGUUCCCGACAAUUCGCAUCGUAUUUUACAGGGUCGACGGACUAUUAUCCGAUUCCGCAUGCUUGGCUAGCUAGGGUGGCCUUCGCUCGGAGCCCAUUUACGAUACUUGCCUUACAACUAAUUUGUAUGAGAUGUUAUUAUCUGAUCAACAAUUCGACGUACCUAUAUCAUCAUUGUCGAGGUGUAGUUGCUACUUAAUUGGUGAAAAUAUUAUGAAGUUCUGUAAUUAAAAAA